CAUGACUCUAGUUAGUGCACAUUUUGUGGUUUUCGAGUAAUAUAGACUUGUGAAUGAUAGUUAUACGUAAAUGGGGUUUUUGGAAAAAAUUAAUAUUUACGAAUGCCUCAUACUGAUUGGUGUAUAUUCAUUUGGUCUUUUUGUAUUUAUGAAUGGUUUACUUCCCAACGACCCUGUGGUAAAAGUUGGUAAGGUUAAUCAGUUAGAAGAAAUUAAGAAGGUUGAUAAACUGGUUCUAAUGGUCAUUGACGCAUUAAGAGCAGACUUUCUGUUUUCAUCGAAUUACUCUGGACAUUGGACCAAACUUAACUCUUAUAUGAAUCUUGAGUCAGCUACAUGCUCAAUUUCAAUUGUACAGCCUCCUACAGUUACUCUACCUAGAAUAAAGGCAAUUGUUUCAGGACGAGCUCCCAAAUUUGUUGAUGUUCUGAAUAAUAUUAAUGCAGGAGCAAUGGUUGAUGACAACUGGGUCAAUCGUUUGGUGAAACUUCAAUGGAAUCUUAGAUUUUAUGGAGAUGAUACUUGGAUAAAACUUUUCCCAAAAAGCUUCCAGGAUUACGAUGGAACAAAUUCAUUCUAUGUCAAUGAUUUUCACGAAGUAGACAACAAUGUGACACGUCAUAUUUCAACGUUGAUGAAUUCGUCAUCUAUGUGGGAUGGUCUUAUUUUGCAUUACUUGGGAUUAGAUCAUAUCGGACACACUCAAGGACCUAAUGGACGUAGUGUGCCAGAUAAAAUCCGUGAAAUGGAUGAAGUUGUUCACAGUAUUCUUGACCCAAUGAUAAACUCUCCAGCAUUUGUUGAUAAGAAAUGGUUGUUUAUUUUAACCGGUGAUCAUGGAAUGAGUGAUCAAGGAAGUCAUGGUGGUUCCACAAUAGGUGAAAAGUCUGUUGGCCUUUUCAUGCUUGGAUCUAACUGGAACAAGACUGAUAAAUCUUCAAAAAAGUCGUGUUCAAAUAACAUGAAACAUAUAGAGGAAACACAACAAGUGGAUUUAGCAUCAUUAAUCGGAUUAAUUACUGGCGCUGGUAUACCAUCACGAAGUCUUGGUGUUCUCUCCUCGACAUGGUUAAACAAUCUUUGGCUUUCAAAUGAAGAAAAAUUAAAGACUAUACUUGUUUUAAUGAAACAUAUUGGUCAGGUGAUUGGUGAAUGCAAAUCUUCAGGUACAACAGAGGAUACAGAUUGUACUUCAAGUGUAUGGAGUAAAGAACAAGUGGUAAAGUAUAAUGUCUUGUUGCAUGAAAUCAACUCUUGGUUGCUCUGUCAAAGUGCUAAAAACGAGGCGUUGGCGAAAUUGAAACAUAUUGAUUGUCGAGAAGCAGGUUCACGUGUCAAAGGUGAAUUACUGAUCACUGAUUCAACUAAAUUGCUUCAUGAUGUUCAGUCGGAAUCUUUAUCCAAGGUUGAACACUUGAACAAUACACAAAUGUUAUUCGGUGGUAUACUUAUGUGGUUUGUGACUAUAUUUCUCUUUCAUAAAAUCUUGAAUUCUGUUGUUUUCACAUCGGAUAUCAAAAAUUCUUCGUUAAAUAAAAGAAAUCAAAAAUCCCUAAUCCAAUAUUAUUAUUCUGAUACAGCUGAUAUCAGAUAUUCAUUUGACCCGCGUUUAGUACAAAUUAUUUGCAGUUUCGGGACAGUCUGUUUACUGUUGCAUUCAAUUAGUUUAGCAUCAAGUAGUUAUGCUGAAGAAGAGCAUCAAUUAUGGUAUUAUUUCGGUUCAAGUCUUAUGCUGUUAAUCGGUUUGUUAGUUCUUCUCGGCGAUGUCACUUCAAAUAUUAAAUGGAUUAUAAUAAAAUUAAUCUUGAAGAUACUUCUGUUAGAUCGUUUUCUACUGCGUCAACUUCAUCGAACUGGUAAUAAAUGGAUACACUUACCAGAUAUAUCUGAUUGGUUAUAUAAGCCUGAAAAUAUCGGUUGGUUGUGGUUGUGGCUAUUAAUAGCAUGGAUCACAUUCCUAGUACUUCGGUGCAAAGCACUAUUUCGUUUACGUCCAACUUGCUCUAUUUGGAAUAAAUGCAAGUAUUACAUACCGAUACCAGUUAGCUUUUUUCUAGUUUGUAAUCAACUGUCAUAUAAAUUAGCUGUAGCUGAAAAUGAAAAUGAAGACGCCGUACACUCAGCUAGAUUUUGUUAUCUGUUAUGCGCUAUAGAUGCAUUUUGUCUAUAUAAAUCAAGAAAUAUUCGUGUGGAUAAAAGUGCAGGUAGAUUAUUUGGUCAAACAACAUCAGAUGCUUCAAAAACAUUUUGGGAUUCAAUUAUACAUCCAUUGUCAACAUUAAUUAUGCUUAUAUGUUUAUUGGGGAAACCUGUGGUUACAAUUCUUUGGCUUGGUAUAUGGAUAAAAGAAGCCCUACUAUCUGAAAUGAUACAAUUAAUAUUUCAUUAUUCCGGUAUGCAUUCAUCGCAUAAAACAUUUCGUUAUGUUUUACCAUUGUGUUCAUGGCUGAUCUAUUGGACACAAGGUUGGGUUAGCUUCUUUCAACAGGGGAAUUCCUUAAGUUUGUCAACUGUCGAUUUGUCUGCUGCAUAUGUUGGUCUUCGGCAUCAUCAACCAUUGAUAGCUGGCCUACUACUAGCCUUUUACACUUAUUCAGGACCAUUAAUCUGGCAGUUAGCCUAUUUCUGUCGAUUUGUCCUACCUGGGCAUAAACAUUUCGGUGAAAAAUUUAACUGUCUUGUUUUAGGCUUCAUUAUUUUGCCUAUCACACUGUGUGGCACAUACUGUUUCUUUCUACAAUCACACUUAUUCAUCUGGACAGUUUUCACGCCAAAAAUGCUUUAUUCUGCUAUUUUCUAUGUAACUCUAGUUCCUGUUCUAUGCUUAUGGGCUGUGAUAACUUCUUGAAUUUUUAUAUUUUUCUCAUUCUUUUCACAUUGUUUAAGACUAACGGGUUACUUUGGUCUUAUUUUGUUUUCAAAUGUUCAUUUGCUGUUUUUUAAUUUUUAUUUUACCUCAACGUUUAUUGUAUUUUGUCUAUGUUUUUGAUACAAGAUAAGUAUGUUUUUAAAGAAAAUA